UGACAAAUAUACAUCCUAGGUUACGAUCUAAUUGCUUCCGUUGGUUUUCUACAAGAUGGCUGCGCCCUUAGUUGUAAAUUUGGAAUUCGGUGGUGGUGCGGAGCUGCUGUUUGGUGGUGUCAGGAAGCAUCAUGUUAGCUUGGACAGUCAGACACAGCCAUGGACCAUCAAGCAGCUGCUGGCAUGGAUCAAAACCAACAUGCUGAAGGAGAGGCCAGAGUUAUUUAUUCAGGGUGAUACUGUGAGGCCUGGGAUUUUGAUUCUUGUCAACGACACCGACUGGGAAUUGAUGGGUGAACUGGAGUAUGUGCUGCAAGACCAGGAUAACAUAGUAUUCAUCUCUACCUUGCACGGAGGUUAAACAAUGGCCUAAUUGUGCAGAGAGAACAUACUUUCCUUGUACAAUGUUAAUAUUUAUUUAUUCAUUUCAUAUAUGGAAAAAGUCAGAUAAAAUAUUUGCCUGUUAUGCUUUAAGUUGUGUUUUCUUAUUAAUAUAUCAGUGUGGUGGCCUUAUCCAGAUAGAAAUGAGAGGAAGCUUUUGAGGAAAACUAGCUUUAUGUCAUAUAGAUACAAUCAUUUUUAUUUUACUGUUUAUACUUUUGUACAUAAUGGCAAAUGCUUGAAAAAAUAGACCAUGCCCAAAGUUUUGUACAAAACAGGGGUGUUCUUUUAGUGUGUCUGUUAUACUUAUUUGGGAUUGGACUUGUUCACAUUUGCAAAUCAAAACACCUCACAUGCUGAAUCCUAAUAAGAAAUAAAACAAAGUUUUAUAUACAUGCA